GAAACAAUUGCUGAGAACCGUAGCGUUCCGCUCCGGAGAGGUCGUGUAAACAGUUCCUCGUGUUUCCGCCCGGUGAUGAUUUAAACGCUAAAUCCGCGUUUUAUCCGCUCCGAGUUCCGCUUAGGGCGACAAGUCGGUGUCCUGAUGCUGCUGAGGCGCUUAGGGGCGCUCGGUGGGGGCGCGGCGCGGUGCGGGCUCUCUCUGCGGAGAGUGGCUCCGCUCCGGCCCGCUCUCUCCUUCACCCAGAGUCGCGGCCGCGCUGCCGCUCCGCCCGGAGACGAAGCUCAGCCAGCCGGCAACCACCGACACACCGUGCUGCUGCCCCGAACCAGCUUCCCAAUGAAGCUCGCCGGCCAGGAGCUGCUGGAGCGGGAGCUGCAGAUCCAGCGGGAAUGUGCCUUCGACCAGCUGUAUGCCUGGCAGAGAGAGAGGAAGGCGAAGAAGGAGUUCUGUCUUCAUGAUGGACCUCCCUAUGCUAAUGGAGAUGCUCAUGUUGGUCACGCUCUCAACAAGAUUCUUAAAGACGUCCAUAAUCGUUUUGAAAUGCUGAGAGGGAGGAAGGUGCACUACGUCCCGGGCUGGGAUUGCCAUGGACUGCCCAUCGAGCUGAAGGCCCUGGGGGAGCUGCAGACCAAAGAAUUGACCCCUCUACAGAUCAGACAGAAAGCACGAGAGUUUGCAGAGGGGGCAAUAGCGCGUCAGCGGGCGGCGUUCCAGCGAUGGGGUGUGAUGGCUGACUGGCAGAACUGCUACUACACCUUUAACGGGCAGUAUGAGGCUGCGCAGCUGCGGGUCUUUGAGGACAUGCACAGCAAGGGUUUGAUUUAUCAGGACUACAAGCCUGUCUUCUGGUCUCCUUCAACCAGGACGGCGCUGGCAGAGGCUGAGUUGGAGUAUAACACUGAGCAUGUGAGCAAGGCUGUAUACGCUACUUUCCCCCUGACCACACUGCCAUCUAAACUAGCGUCAAGCUUAGGGGCUUUGGGUAAAGUAUCUGUGCUGGUGUGGACAACACAGCCGUGGACAAUACCGGCUAACCAGGCCGUCUGCUUCAUGCCCAAAGCCCAGUACUCUUUGGUGAAGAGAACAGAUAAUGAGCAGCUCCUCCUAGUGGCCACUGAGAGAAUUGCCAGCCUGACCUCUGCACUGGGCACUGACAUGCAGAGCCUGGCCACAUUCAUAGGGUCUGAUCUGGAGGGUGGAGUCUGCCAGCAUCCCACCAUCUCUGGCAAAGAGGUGCCACUAUUGCCAGCUAAUCAUGUGACCAUGGCCAAAGGUACCGGAUUGGUCCACACUGCUCCUGCCCACGGCAUGGAGGACUACAGCGUGGCCACUCACUUCAACCUGCCUGUGGAGUGUAUAGUAGAUGAGGAGGGGAGGUUUACAGAGCUGGCUGGUGCUGAACUACAGGGGCAGUGCGUGCUUAAGGAAGGCACUGCUACAGUUAUAUCUAUGCUGCGUGCUGCCGCCGCGCUGGUGAAAGAGGAGGAGUGUGUGCACAGUUACCCGUACGACUGGAGGAGUAAGAAGCCAGUGGUCAUCAGAGCCAGCAAACAAUGGUUCAUAAACACAGCCAACCUCAAAGACAAGGCCAAGGAAGUGCUGCAGAAGGUGCGGGUAAUGCCGGAGUCCGCGAGGGCCAGUCUCUUAGCCAUGCUGGACAGACGGACGUACUGGUGUAUCUCCCGCCAGAGGAGCUGGGGCGUUCCUAUACCUGUGUUCUACCACAAAGAGACGAGACAGCCACUCAUAAACAAGCACACAGUGGCUCACAUAGCCAAGGUAUUUGCGGAGAAAGGAAGUGACAGCUGGUGGGAGGAGCCUCUAGAAACGCUACUUCCUCCAGAUGUGCUCAAGAAGAGUAAAGCAGGUGCAGUGACGGAUUAUGAGCGUGGGGAAGACGUACUGGACAUCUGGUUUGACAGUGGAACGUCCUGGGCUGCUGUUCUACAGGUGGGAGAGGAAGAUGACAGAGCUUCAUCUACAAAGACUAAACGAGGGUGGUUCGGCCUCUCCAGUGCAACAAAACAAGAGGCUGACCCGCGUGCAGAUGUGUAUGUGGAGGGGAAAGAUCAGCUUGGUGGCUGGUUCCAGUCUUCUCUCCUAACUAGCGUGGCUGUGCGUAACAAAGCACCUUACAAGGCACUGGUAGUCCACGGCUUUGCGGUCAGUGAGAAAAGAGAGAAGAUGUCCAAGUCUCUGGGAAACGUGGUGGACCCUGACAUCGUCAUCCACGGAGGACCGGACCUGGCAGCAUCUCCUGCUUAUGGUGCGGACGUGUUGAGGUGGUGGGUCGCAGAGUCCAAUGUGUUCUCUGAAGUCCAGAUUGGCCCUAAAGCACUGAACUCGGCCAGAGAGAGCGUUAACAAGCUGAGGAACACUCUGAGGUUCUUGCUGGGGAACCUGCAAGGUUUUGACCCUCGCACUCAAACUGUUGAUUCCAAGGACAUGUACUACAUCGACCAGUACCUGCUGCACCUGCUCAGGGAAUACAGCAUCAAGGUGACCGAUGCCUACAAUGAGUUUGACUGUGGUCGAGUGAUCCGUCUUCUCCAGGCCUUCAUCACCAGAGACCUGUCUAACUUUUAUUUCAGCAUCAUCAAAGACAGGCUGUAUUGUGAUGCAGAGAACUCUGUGGGAAGGAGGUCAUGUCAGACGGCUCUAGAGGAGAUUCUGGACGGUGUGACACGGUCCAUCGCACCCAUCCUGCCUCACCUGGCCGAAGAGGUGUACCAGCACGCACCUGGGCAUGAUGACGGUGAGACGCUUUUCCGGAGCGGCUGGAUUAAAAGCAGUUCAGUGUGGCGGAAGCCAGGAUUGGAGGAGGCAGUUGAGGGGGCGUGUGCUAUCAGAGACUCUUUCCUAUCCUCAAUCCCAGGACGCAACGCAGUGGAAUAUGAUCUCACUAUCGCCGUUGAACCCGGCCUUCUCUUCGAGCUCAUGGAGUCUCUGCAGGAGGAGCCCACCUCUACCUCGUCUCAGCUGACGGAGCUGAUGAUGGCAUCUCGCACCACGCUGACCAGCGCGCUGCCCAGGGACUUACCCUCUGACACCAUCACCAACAACGGGAGCUUCCUCAUCAACCUGGAGGGUGGCGUUAUCCGUGAGGACAGUGCAUACACUAUAGCAGCGGUCCCCAUCUCUCUCUCCCGCUGUCCUCGGUGUCGCCGCUACACAUCGGACACCCCCGAAUGCCUUUGUCCACGAUGCCAAACUGUCCAUGGACAACCCCAGUAAAUGCCUCACGUCGCCACGACGACCACACAGCAACUGCUUCGCCUGAUCUGCCUGCGGCAAUCUGUGUAAAGCGAGGACUUCAGUGGACCAAUGAGGACUGGAACUCUCCUUAUGGACUGUUCUUGAUGUGGAGCUGGAUGAGGACACGGGCGAGUGUUUGAGUAAUGCUGGAUUUGUGUACAUACGGUUAUGAACGCUAUACGCUGGACUAUGUAAGACUGAGGCCACCUGAAAAAAAUGAUAUCUGAGGCUGUUUGUUUGGGCAGUGAAGCUUUAUUUUCUUGGAAAAACACUAUUAGAUUUAAUACAAAUAAACAGUAAUGAAAUGAUUUGAUUUUUAUUGGUAUGUUACCUUAACUAUUCCCAGAUCUCUCAUAGAGACUGUAACUAUUGAUAAAUUCUCGAUGCUUAUUACUGUAUUGUUUAUUUGUAUUUAGUAUUUAGUCUAGUGCUUGCACGAGUAAAUCACACUGCCCAGAUUUUAUUUUAUUUUAAAGAUGCUUUGUGAUGCAUUUUAAAGGGCCCAUAGCAUGGAAACGUAUAUUUUGCUCUUUGGUUUUUUUGAGUUUGCUGUAGGUAAACAUUGUCAUUUAAAAAACAUACCGUUCACUCUAUAGUUCGUUUUUAGCUUGUUGUCACUAAAUCCAACACACACACACUUUCUAAGCCGCUUCUCCCUCAGGGGGGCGGGGGGUGCUGGAGCCAAUCCCAGUGGCCAUCGGGUGGUGUAUUUACACUUUUCUGCUAAUACAGCCUACAGCCGUUUAGCCCCGCCCAUUCACACUUAAGUUAUUGUGUGUCAGCCCAGCCUUCCCCUUAAAUGAUGUGCGUUCAGCCAAUCAGAAUAUAAGUAAUUUGCAUGUCACUGGCUGUUUACAGGCAAAGAUUUUUGCCAAUCUGAUUGAAUACAUUCUGAUUACAGAGCCAGACUGAGGUGUUUUUGCUCACUCUACUCGACAGUCUGAUGAAAAUCUUUAUAUGCUCUCUACAAGUAAUCUAGUUCAAAAUGACAUGCAUGUGUGGAGAACCACUUGGAGUAAAUGUUAUCGUGACAACGAACAUCACGUGAGUCCAGUCAGAGUGAGAUGAGCAGCAGUGAGCAGCGCUUUUAAUUUUGUUAAUAUGUCUCAGAAAAAUGUACCUCGCAUGUCCUUAUUAAAGAAGGCCGAGAGGAAGACGUCGUGUUCUGAGACGCAUAAGCUGGACGUCCGUCCCACCGCCGUCUUUUAAAGAUCAGAGCGUGAGCUUCGUCUCCUCUGCAGACCCGUUUCUGCUCCGCCUUUCACUAUGGCACGACGCACAUGAUCAGAACGGACUACAGGCGUUCACACAGCUAUCAUUCUUCUAUUGAACAUUAAUUACCCACCUCACUCAAUCAGAUAGAAAUUGUAUUCCAAAUGGCCUCAAUCAGACUAGACUAUUCCGAUUGAAGUGUAUACAUGGACUAUAUCGAUUGCGCUAUUAGUCGGAUUAUUAACAGAUUAUUAGGCUGAAUGUGUAAACAUGGCUAGUCUUAAGGGAACAGUCCCAUGAAUCUAAGGGAUAAAGAAAUGUUGGAAAAUGGUCGUGUACAAAUUGUUUUUGGUACAUAAAACCACAAACGUAAGAAGGCAAUGGGCCCUUAAUUCUAUUUUGAAGAGAACAUCUGCACAAAAUCCAGCAUUACUCACACGGACCCACAACUGAAAUGGUCUCCGCUGCUACAUGUGGACAGAACACAGGGUUUGGAAGUAUUUAUUGAGGAGGUACCAUUAACAAAGGCACUAUUUUGACUUGAGAAAGUGGCUCAAAAGUGAAGUCCUGACCAGUCCAGUUUGGCAGAAUGUACAUACGUGUCUGUCCGUGGGUGUGUAUGUGGGCAGGGUAGUGGGUGUGUCUGAGAGAGACAGACGUUAGGAUGCAGAAUAAAGGGGACGUUACUGCCGCCUGAGUUUUAUACUUUAUUUUAUUGAGAUUAUUUCUAAAGCCAUGGGCGACAGCCUCCUGUGUGUCCUUGUGUUCUCAGAAAGAAGAAGUGAUUACUGAGUGAAGCUGUUAAUGAGAAAACGCUGUGCUUGUCUGCUCUUCCUUAUAUGCAAACCAGAUUCAAUAAAAGGCACACAUGAAGGAUGUAACAUUUUCAACGUAUCAUAUGGGUCUGUUGCUAGAAACAGCUGCAAUUAUGGGAUGAUCUCAGGUGGGCCAUGUCUCUUGUGAUCUUGCAACAAGAAUACAAGUCUGGGGACAAGCUGUUAUACUUCGGGUGCUGUAUUUUGCCAGUUAUGUUGGCUUUUAAACCUGCCCUCAAAUUCCUCUAGUCUGUACUCCUUUAACAUCCAGACCGCAAACAGAGCCAAUUUAUGGGAACCCCGAACUGUGAGAGCUUCUUCAAUGAAUGGGAGUAAAUAGAGUUUAAUGGCUAGAAACUAAAUCUUAAGCGUUUCUAUUCAUUUCUGAGGGACGCUCCUUUCAAUUUUCAGAAAGUAGGAUUUAUUCCAUUUAAAAAAACAAAUAUAACUUGGCAUUAUCUCUGGUUUUCUACAGCAAAGAGGUUUUGGGCUGCAGGACUAGUGCUGAUUAAUUGGCGAGCCGCUCUGCCUGCUGGCCGAGUAAAUCAGUUCACAUGAAAGUCAUGAAUGUUACUGUGAGAAGU